UAAGGACUUGUGUCUUCUUGUGUUCCUACAGAGGCUGAUGCGUUUCGAAAUUUCCAUUAGAAUAUUCUACUAAAGUGUGAAAUUUGUUAGCGAAGUAUCUUUAUUAAAGUAAAGCGGUCCUCAGUCCCGACAUGGAGUCAGAGUUUGAGAUCGAUUUCUCCGCCCUGGAGAGAGAGCUGAAGUCUGCAGUUGAAGCUGACCAGAAAUACAGUCGGGAGAAUGACGCAAAGUUCCGCGCCUUGCACCAGAAAGUGGCCACUUAUGAGGAAUUCAGAGAUAUUGUAUUGGCUUCUCAUCUGAAACCCUUGGACAGGAAAGACAAAGCUGGUGCUCCACGCAAUCAACCCUGGAACACAGUUGCCUCUUCUGAGAAGUGUCAGGGCCUUCAUUUGGAGGGCAUGCAGGCUCAGCCAUCUGACUUCCAUCCACGGACAGCGUCCGAGUUCAGCCGGGACUGGAGGAGACUUGGCAGCGAAGGAGCUGAGAAGAAGUACCAGCUCCUCCUGGGCCUUGGAGGGCAGACCUUGCAGGACAUUUUCAGAACCGAGGUGGGUUUUGGCCUCCUGGGGGAACUUCUGCUGACUCUGUCCCAGGGUUUCCGACCUGUGGAUCUGUCCGAAGUGGUAGGGGUGCUGGACGGUCUGUCGAAGACCCCGCGAUUCGGCCUCAACGUGUCUCUGCUGAGCAAGGGGGAGAUGGGGGCAUGCAAGGAGCUCUUCCAGAAGAUUCAGAGGGGAGUGGAUGUGGAUCCGCUACCUUCUGACGGCAGCCGGGGGGUUGAGGCAGCCGCCUCCUCUCCUGGUGGUGCAGCUGUCGUUGUGGAGGCACAGGAAGAAUGCGGCAGCUGCAGCAUUCGUGAAAAAGUCAAACAUUUAAUGCAAAUAUAUGGAGUUUCCAACAGCAACACAUGAAAGAGCAAUGUCAGAAGUAAACCCUAAUGGGAUUUAUGUAUGGAACAGUGAUAGUUAUAUGAACCCUUAUGGCAGCACUUGAAGAAAUUAAUUCAGUAAGAUGUCUUAUACAUGUGUGUCAUUUUUUAUUUCAAGUUGGUUCCUUGAUCAUUUUUCCUUCAGUCGCUUUGCCUGAACCUGAACCAGUGCAAUACUGUAGCAUAUGGCUGUUUUAAUCUGCCGAUAUAAGCCAUCUGAAUAAAGUCAACAAAUGUCCUA